CACAUGCACUCAUCACUUUAACACAUUUAAAGUUUGCACAGGGUCGCUGACUGAGGGAACUGGUGUAAAAAAGGUCGACACGACACUCAAAGACAACAGGUUCAGUUUGCUGCAAGCAUGAAGCACGCUCUGCACAGGAUUCUGCUUCUUCAACUUCUGACAACUCUUGGACUUCAUGCUCUUGGUAGUGAAAUCAUAAAUGGUGAAAAGGUCCCGGACAACAAAAUGCUGUUUAUGGCCUCGGUUCAGAACAGCAGAAACAAACAUAUCUGUGGAGGAUUCCUCAUCAAUAAAGACUUUGUGGUCACUGCUGCACAUUGUGAUGAUGGGAAUACAAGUGUUGUUCUUGGUACCCACAAUCUCAAGAAGAUUGAUGACACAAUGAGAUACAGUGUGAAGAGAUGCAAGCAUCCAUCUUAUGAGAAAGUUGGUAAGGGGUCGGACAUCAUGCUCCUCAAACUGUCCAAGAAAGCUCGACUGAACAAAAGAUUGCAACCAAUUUCACUUCCAAAGACUAAGACUAAGAUUAAAAAAAAGAAUCCGUGCAGUGUAGCUGGAUGGGGUCUAACAAGUGUUGGUAAACCUGUUGAUGAGCUGCAAAUGGUGAAUGUGCCCAUUGUUGACCUGGAUGUCUGUAAGAACGAAUGGCCUAACAUGCUUCCUGAAAACGUUAUCUGUGCUGGUGGAUAUGGCACAGAUAAAGGAUUCUGUCAGGGUGAUUCUGGGGGUCCUCUGGUGUGCAACGGGAAGGCAGCUGGUGUUGUGUCUUACAACUGGAAAAAGGACUGUGGAUACCCAAAUAGGCCCAAUGUGUACACAGAUGUAUCAAAAUACCUUCCCUGGAUCAGAAAGAUGAUGAAGGAUUGUUAAAUGUAACGCAACGGUCCCUGAUCAGCCUGUCGGAUGUUCGUUUACCCAUAAUGACCGCCUCGCUGCACAUUAUCCCUUACAUGUGCAUCUACAUAUGUUGCAUCUGUUGUUCACCUUUUUCAAACACAAAGGGUCAUGUAUUCUCCUGAAAGUAAAGCCAGUUUCUUAUCACAUGUAGCUAACCGUGUUGUAUGUGUUAACGUCAAUCACUUAAACCUUUUUGAAUUUAGUUAAUUUAGAAAUAUGGCGCAGCUUUUAGUCUUAUAAUUGGGUAAUGUUGCACAAAGAAACUUCAAAUCCACUUAAGCUGGUUUGCAUUUGUCAUCCAAGAUGAGUUAACAUGUUCACACCUGACCCUAUGAAACAGGUUGAAGUGUGUGUACCCCUCUACAGUUGCAAUGGUUUCAGAUCUGAUGCUCAAAGGACUUUCAAAGUUUUUCAAUUUUUUUCGGAGGGUUAAAUGUUGGCAAAUUUUAUUUGUUAUGAUUUUGUUAUUUCUUCAAAACUGCUUUUAUGAAUUUGAUAAGUUUCUACCUGCGGUGAUAUUAAAAAUAUGCAUUAAUGA